CCCUUCUACCCUCAACCUCCCUCGCAGUCUUACUCACCCUUUUCGGCCCAUCCCAUCCAUCCCUUUCUUUCUCAAAUUCCUCGGGUGGCUUUUUUUUAUUUUUAUUUUCUCUCUUUUCGUGCCUAUUUUUCUUAAAAAUUAUCCUACAAUCUCAUCGGCACCACGCUUUAUCGCAUUGACACCCCAUCUAAUACCAAACCACCAUAAAACUAAAAAUGACCACGCGCAAGCGAAAGCAAGAAGCCGUCGAGGAGGAGGAAUUGCAGGCGCUGCCUAGUGAUGAAAGUGAGGAGGAGGAGGAAUACCAAUCCUCCGACGCAGAAGGACCCGGCGGAGAAGGAGAGGAAGAGGAAGAGGAAGAGCCCAGCGAGGUAGACAGUGAGGAAGAUGCAGAGGAAGGGGAAGGUGAACCCGAAGAAAAAGGAAAAGAAGAAAAGGGUAAAGAUAAAGACAAGCCUAAGGAGAAAGGCCCUACCCCCAAGAAACGCAAGACUAGCCCUCCGCCCGCCAAAAAGCAAAAGGGCGAUGACGAGUCCGGAGAGAAAGAAGCUCCGGCCGGGGAUGAUGAAGAAGAGGAAGAAGCUGAGGGUGAGGACGACGAGAAACCCGAGGAAACGGCCAAGGACAGCGGACCUGCUGCCUCUGCGGCUAAAGCUAAGGGUGAUAAGGUUCCUAAGGAGUCGGAUGUGCCAGAGGCUGAGGCUGAAGGGGAGGAGGAGUGAGGUGAUGAAUUUGGCGAAGAUACUCUAUACUUAUGUUUAAUGUCUGUUUGGUGUCAUGGAUAUUUUUGGGAUUUGGGUUUGGUAUUGCUUAUUAUAGUCUCUGAAUAACGCAUCUGAGAAAGUCAAUAGCCAUGAAACUAGUCUAUAUUGGAAUCGUAGUACCUAUAAGCCACCCUAGCAAAGAGCAACAUGAAAGCUAGCAGCAUUAAUACAAACCCAUAACAGGACUGACUGGUAUCAAUACCCCUUCCACUUCUCCUGAUA